AGUACUGCCAACUGAAGUGAUUGACAAUGAAAAUGAAUUCAUCACGGUUUGGCGUUUUUAUACUGUAUACUUCUCUGCUUUAUGCAGGAGUUACCGCGUACGACGAGUUUCACAAAGCAUGUGUGGUAGCCCACAACAAAUUGAGAAAGCUUCAUGGUGCCCAGUCUGUUGCAUGGUCGGAAGAGCUUGGUGACGGGGCGCAAAAGUGGUGUGAAGAACUGGCUUUAAAAGACGUCCUCGCACACGACAACAAGACCAUGGACACAGAAAACCAAGGGGAAAAUCUUGCGGCUAUGGCUGUGGCUGAUCCCAAAAGUGAAGGUGCUACUCCUGAACAGUGCACCUUGGCUGUUCAAAAGUGGUACAUGGAGGAAGGGAAUUACAACUAUCAGACAGGACUGCCUAAAGGUCCUGGAAUGCCAAUCAAACAUUUUGCGCAGGUUGUCUGGAACGAUACAUUUGAAAUUGGAGCUGGGACCGCUCGUUCCACGGUUCAUGGUGACAUCAUCUGCGUUCGUUACAGUCCCCGAGGAGCUGAGGGCGGCCCGAGCGACUUUAAGAAAAACAUACUUCCUAAUACAGGCUCUGUGCUAAGUAACUUCUCUCAGGGAGAUUUCAAUGUAAAGAAUGGCCAAGGAUUCAAGUGCAAAUAUGGUGAUCCUCAAGGGUGCAGUCAGGAAGGAGGGAAUUAUGGCGGAAGCUUAAGCUGCGGUGUUGGCAAAAAGUCUCGCAUUGUUGGUGGAAAGCAAGCGAGGCCAUCAGAGUUUCCCUGGCAGGUGGGCUUCAGAUGGCAGACGCGGAACAGUAGAACUAACAUCUUCUGUGGUGGAUCUCUUAUCGAUAAAAAAUGGGUGGUGUCGGCUGCUCAUUGUUUCCAAAACUUGAGGCGACCUAUAAACGAACUCAAGAUUGUGCUUGGGGAAUUUGACGUCAAUAAUGAAGAAGGAAAUGAAGUGGUAAUUGCCGCAAGAAAGGUAACCAACCACCCUCGAUAUAAUUCGAACUCAAUGGACAACGACAUAGCGAUUGUGGAGCUAGACAGUGAAGUGUCCUUCAAUGAUAACAUGAAACCAGUCUGUCUGCCUUCACGAGGAAUGAAAUUCCGAUCUAACACUAUGUGUACUGUAACUGGGUUCGGGGCGAUCAGAGAGGGAGGACCACAGGCCACGACACUGAUGAAAGCAGAUGUUCCCUUAGUUGACAACCAGAAGUGUUCAGAGUAUUAUAGGUCGCCCAUCUCAGAUCUCAAGAUAUGCGCUGGAUACGAUAAAGGAAAGAUCGAUUCUUGUCAAGGGGAUAGUGGAGGCCCUUUGGUGUGCCCACAGAACGGGAAGGCUUACCUGGCAGGAGUGGUAAGUUACGGUAUCGGAUGCGCUAGACCAAAGUUACCCGGAGUGUACGCCAACGUGAAAAAUUUGUUGGACUUUAUCGAGGAUAUAAAGGGUAGUGCCUAAUAAAGAAGUUAGCCUAUGAGCAGAAUUAAACAUCAGAGUUAAGUGAAAAAAAAGGAAGGGUAGUGCCAAUCAAAGAAGCUAGCCUGUGGCACUCACGAGCAGAAUUAAACAUUACCUCCUCUUUUGUGAUCGUCCGGGCGAGGUUAUUCGAGAAAGGGACUACUAUUGGUGGCUCGCUCCUCAACGACCUGCGUGGAAAUCAUCAUCACAGUCAAAUGACAGAAUGUUUCUCAGUAGAUUAGUCCUCAAAAACUAAUUGGGCAGGUUUGCCCUGAAGUUAUUGGCCGUGACACUCGCAUAGAGUUAGUUAUUGAGAAUCUGUUAUCAGUUUCGAUUCGUGUAUUGUUAUUCUAUGCAUUACGCUGUACGCUGUGUAACAUUUACCAGAGUUCAGUUGAUUCUAUGCAGCGGUAGUUAAGCUUAGUUAGGCGAUGGUGUUCAAAAGCGUAACUGUCUCUAGUCCUUUUGAGGACUACCUACAACUGGCGAUCACAUUAGACGGUCAACUGUUACUCCUGGGCUGUAACCAUUAACUUUGAAGUAAAUCAGUAUUAUUUUAAAGCAGAGGUGGAAUAAAGCCUGAAAUCUGAAGCCAAAUUAUUGUUCUGUAUGGUACUGGACCCCAAAGAACUGGUUACUUAUUUACAAAACUAGUAAUAGUUCUCACUAAAGCUGCUCCCGCUUUGUUUUCUGAUUGAACACGUACAUCUAAACAUUUUGCAUGUUCUGAAACUUUCAU